UUCUGAGGUUGCAAGGUCUGAAACACGUGGAAACCAUCGCCCACAAGCUGUUUGGUGAUUGGCCCUAGCAGACAGGUCAUUGGGAUGAGUCCAGGAGGAGGGUUGAAAUAGGCGAAGACUCCAAGUUUUAUCCCUUCCGGUUCACAAACGACUCCCAUUCCGUGCACUUCGCUUUGGCUCAUGGAGUGCCUCCAGCUGAUGCUCCCACAGGCUCUCCACCUGCCCCGCGCUCCCUUAUCCUACUCCAGCAGGACUCCUUGGUUCUCCCCCAUCCACGCACCGCCAAGAACCAAGUGGCCUCUUUCCUCCUUCCUUGUCUGUGGAAAUCCACUGCCCUUAUCUCCGCUUUCUCUUCCCGUCCAGUUUGCGACGUCUGGGAGCCAGUCAAGUGUAAGAACUGAUCCUGAAACAGCUGAAUGGGCUAUGCAAGAUUUUUAUGCCUUGAGGAAGGAUGUUGAAGCUACAGCAGAACGUGUUGACGAGAUUAGAGCUUCUGCUGGCUUGGAACGGUUAGAAGAAGAUCUUGCUGUAUUGGAGAAGAAGGCUGCAGAUAGUUCUUUAUGGGACAAUCCAUCUAAAGCACAGGAAAUACUUCUUGCCUUGACUGAUGUCAAAGAGAAAAUCAAGCUGCUUACUGAUUUCAAAACACAGGUUGAAGAAGCUGAAACAAUAGUGAAUCUGACUGAGGAGUUGGAAUCCAUAGAUACUAGUCUACUUGAAGAGGCCUCUAAGAUCAUUCGAGAAUUAAGCAAGGCACUGGAUCGGUUUGAGCUUACAGAGCUUCUUUCUGGGCCUUAUGACAAGGAAGGGGCUGUAGUUACUAUAACGGCUGGUGCUGGGGGUACUGAUGCACAGGAUUGGGCUGAGAUGCUACUUCGGAUGUAUGUGAGAUGGGGGGAGAAGCAGCGUUAUAAGAUAAAAGUGGUUGAGAAAUCUAUGGGUGAGGAAGCUGGAAUUAAAGCAGCUACAAUUGAAUUUGAAGGGCGUUUUGCUUAUGGGUAUCUAUCAGGGGAAAAAGGAACUCACCGUAUUGUUCGUCAGUCUCCAUUCAAUGCCAAAGGUCUUCGCCAGACAAGCUUCGCAGGUGUUGAAGUCAUGCCCCUUCUUCCUGAAGAAUCAUUGGAUAUUGAAAUACCUGAAGAAGACCUGGAAAUAACCUAUUCAAGGGCUGGGGGAAAGGGAGGCCAGAAUGUGAACAAGGUGGAAACAGCUGUUCGGAUUGUUCACAUCCCCACUGGUGUCACAGUUCGUUGCACAGAGGAAAGAACUCAGCUGGCUAACAAGAUCAAGGCUCUUAGCCGUUUGAAAGCUAAACUUCUCGUCAUAGCAGAGGAGCAACGAGCCUCUGAAAUUAAACAAAUACGGGGGGAUGCAGUGAAGGCUGAGUGGGGUCAGCAGAUACGCAACUAUGUCUUCCACCCAUACAAGCUUGUGAAGGAUGUUCGAACGGGGUGUGGAACAUCGGAUGUCACUUCUGUGAUGGAUGGAGACUUGGAAGCAUUUAUCAAAGCUUAUCUCAAAUACAAAUAUACUAGUAGCAUGGGUGAAGGGAACACCAAAUGAUAAGAUUGUUCACUGAUUCCUGUCUUUUUUCAACCUGUUUAUGUGUCAUGUUCUCUACAGAGAAGACAAGAUUUACCUGCCCCUAAAAGUAGCAACUUAGUCUUCAUCACUUCAUGGUAAGCUCCACUCUGGUUAGAAAUUUCUCGGUAUAGAAAUUGGCAUAAUUUUGAACAGUUGUGUCAGGUUGAAAGCCAGUUGUGACCCUGAUCAAAAUUCAAAGGAUUGCCUUGAAUCUUGAAGCCAGCACCUUAUGAGUGCGAUAAAUGCCGUUGGCUUGUUGAUCGGUUCUCAAGCUACUCUUUUCAUAACAUUUCUCACGAUCAAGUGUCAAGAGUAGUAUUUCAAGCACGAGAAUAGCAUUAGUUUUUUUUUUUGGUAGUGAGAAUAGCAUUAGUUUAAUAGUGUGUAUCUAGCCUGGUCUAAAACAUGGAUUGCAUCUACCUCUCUGUGGAUUUAGAUGAGCUGAUCAUGGUUUUAAUUUCAUGUUGCCUUGGGUCUUAGCAUGGUUGGAUGUACACGAUAGUGAGGCACUAUUGGGUGCAGUGUAUAUAUCCUGUUAAUCACUGUCGUUUACCAUCCAACUGCCAAUAGGUGCUAACUCAACUGCAUCCUUUUUUUUAGGUGGUGCUUAACAUGUCAAUCAUUUCAUGUAGUAGGUAUUAAUAAAACAGGAAUGGCUUACAUCCUCUGAAUAGUGCAAAAGUAUGCCACCUUGAAAAAGGAAGAGAAAAACAAAUGAAGUAAAUGAAGUCUCGACGGUGAUCUGGAACUGCAAGUGAUGAAUCAGGCAUGGGGCCUAAAUUUAGUGUAGAACAGUUUUGAAUCUUGGGUUUAGUCGUGAGGUCAAACCUCAUUCACUUGAUGGCUUGAGUCUGUAGCAGGUCUAGUCUGUGUUUAAUGGUGUAAGGUUAUGUUUCUUGAGCUAAUUUGGUUUGAAUAUGAUAAUUCUUUCCAAAAAAAAAA